AAAGAGACAGCUGAACCCAGCUGAGAUCAGAGCCAUUGUCCAGGGUGAUAACCCUGGAUAAUGGAGUUAGAGAAGAGAGCCCUUUGCUGUGAGUGAGAUCGCCAUAUCAUGUCUAGAACUGGAUGAGAGCUCCUUGAGGGCGGAAAAGAUGCAGUCGACACUGAAAUGGCCCUCGGUUGGAUUGUGUUUCUUCUGUUAGUGAGUGGCAGUGUUGCACUUGGAAACUUGCACAACUACAAUGUGUCACAAAGAUGUAUGAGGGAUAUCAACACGUUCCUUUGGGAUUUAAACCAGGAUGAGCCAAAGGAAUACGCUGCCCUCAUGUAUGAUUCCUUUGGAAAGAUGGGCAGCAGUGUUAAAGAAGGUAAUGUGAACCAGCCCGGUUCAGUGCAGCAGUGUCGCUCUGCCAUCGGCCCUGGCUUCUCUGCACAGUACUGCCAGGUGUUCCUGAAGCAGGGAACAAUCCAGUAUUUUGUGGGUAUUUGUGUUCCUGACUCCUGCAGGGAAGUAGAUGUCAAACAACUGGUACUGUGUGACAGACUUCAGUUCAACCAAAAGUCCCUCCUUAGUCUAUUACCCCCCAAUCUGAUCAAUCAGUCUUCUCAGGAAAUGAUCAUGACUCACUGUUUGGUUGACACAGUUGCUCCUGAUGCGUCAGACGUUGCCUGCAUGUGUGUGUGUUGUGUAAUGUUAGCCAUUCCUCUUGCGGCUACCCUCUUCACAGCCUUAAGAAGGUCAGAGCAGAGCAGCACGAUCAGUCACACAGCAGAGUCUUGCCAUUUAAACGUUUAUGGCACCCUGAAAAGCAAUGGCAGUGAAAUAAAUGGCAGAACAUUAGAGGAAAAUGACAGAAACAACCCUGCUGGACAAUGUAUUUCUCAAAGCUGUCUUUCCAGCUGCUUGCAAGCAUUCUCCUUGCAGACAACAAGCAAGGGAGUCUUCAGCACCCCCUUCUAUGUCCAAUGUGAAAACUACACCUUUCUGAACGGCAUACGUGUUCUCAGUUUGCUUUGGAUUAUAUGUGGCCACGCCGCACAGUUCCCAGUAAUUAACAACCUGGAUAACUACAAAACAUGGAGGAGAGCAGUUGAAAGCAGCCCAAUAUACGUGUUCACCAUCAGUGGGCCUGUUUUUCUGGCUGUUGAUACCUUCUUAUUGCUGGGGGGUUUGCUUAGUGCCAGGUCCUUGCUGAGCUCAAUUGACAAGGCAGAAGACAAUCUGAGUCUGGGUUUGGUUGCGAACUAUCUCUUCAAGAGGAUUAAAAGGCAUGAUCUUAAAACUAGAAGACUAAAUUACAGUGCCUUGCAAAAGAAAAAAUACCCCUUAAACAUUUUUUUUAUUUUGUCUUUGGAAUUUUAUGUGAGAAACCAACAACAACAUAAUUCUGGAGAAAAAAAACACAUGGCAUGCUGA